UUGCCGUGAAAGUGUGGCUCCUUGCGGCCUACGAACAGGUUGACGUGGACCUUUCUUUCAGCAUCAACGCUCGACUGAAACGCUCCCGAAAUUCUGUUGGUAGAAACUGAAUAAUAUCCCGGUGUCUAAAGUGUUAUGUAUCAGUGCCAUUCAGUACCUACCUCAUUUCGUUGUGAGUUAAAACGAAAACCUCGAACGUUUUAAAAGUAUUUUAAAUAUAAUUUUUAGUUAUUGAAAAUAUUUACUUAGGUGAGUAGUGUGAUUGAUAUGGUUAAUGGCGAUUGAAAUUGUCCGAUUAAACGCAUACCGAGACAAGAUUAUUAGCUGAAACUUUAAUGAAGGGAUCACAACUUGUGGCGAACGCUGGACUUGGCGGUUGACAGUUGGUGAGGGCGCCAACCGUUCUGACGUGGUUAUUGGUCAACAUUCCGGCGCGGAGCUGGCCGUGCAGGGAGACGACUUCACACGGCAAAUAUGGCACAUGUACGCCACGUUUGAAGAUUUCCUCGAACACCAGCAACAGCAGCAAGGAUCUCCCAGUGACCCCAGACGAUCCACUCCUCCAUUCCCGGUCGCCCGGGGUAACACGCCUCCCCCACCACCAGCUCCUUCACAUUCUGGGGGUGGAAGUUCUGCUAGCGCGCGGAGGAAGAUGAGCAGUCGUAGCAAAAGGCGAAGAGCCACCAGCGGCGGCAGCUGUAGAGGCAGUCGCGACGACAACAGUGGAGCCGGAGGAGCUGCAAGCGACUCUUGUACUCCACUAGUUGCCACUAUUCGUAGCAUCCAGGAGGGCAGACGAGGAGGCACUGCCAGCAGCGAUGACGUCGAUGAAACCUUUCCACCAGAUCCUGCACCAAACGCGCAGCAUAGAAAUUUCUCGUCACACUUGUCACCUUCAGUCCCAGGAAUGGGACUUCAUCCUAGUAGUAUGGACGCUUUGUCCUGCAGUGGAUAUGCUGGAACGAACAGCAUCGAUAGUGGGUAUAAAAGUGCGUGUCCAACUCCUGAUCUUUCAGAUUCGUUCUACCCUGAAUCGCUGUUUCUCAGGAGCUCUUCUGGAGGUUUGAUUUCUCCAAGGCCUAGAAUCACCAUGGGGACGAGGAUGAUGUCGAAAGGUGCUCGCGUCGGUUCAGAUCCUGCUUACUAUGAGGAUAUUGACCCUUUGGAGAUUCCAGGGCUAUUCCAUAGGCGGCCAUCUACAUCGCCUGGACCUAGGAGCGGAUCGACAACGGUCAGCAGACCUCGCAGUGCAUCAACUGGGUCGAGAUCUUCGCCCACAACCUUCCCGGCAACACGGAGGGCGUUGCGCAGUUCUCCCCACAUGUCUUCCACAGGAUCCCUCACAAGCUCUGGACUGCCUUACUCCAGACACUCUUCACCUGGUGGAGCAUACUCUUCGCCCGGAGGAAUUUCUCCCGCUUCACGUCGAAUGGAAUCGCCUCAUGAAGGGUGCAAUCUUAUAGCUGAAAUGCAGGCUUCAAGCAGCUCUCAGUUGGCACUCCUUGAGAGAGAAAUAGAUGCGUUGCUCACCGGAACUUCGAACGAUGCAACACAGUAUUCCCUUUCUGAAGGUGCUCAUGAUCUUUCUCCGGGCGUUGGAUUCGCUCAUCAGAGACACAGAGAUCACCAUGAACAUCUCUUCCGGGUCCAAGAGGAUGAGACAGCUUCAAGCCCACAGGGUCGGCCACCUCAUCCCCCCACGAGACUACGAGGGAGCAACAUCAACAACAACAAGCUAAGUAUCGACGCGAUUUGCGAUCAUCAUCUCUUCGACUUUGAUUUGGCGUCCCAGUUUUGUCCAGAAGUCGAUAAAGACGAAGAUUUUGCCCAUGGAAUGCCCCAGUUAAGCCUUACCUUAUGCAAACUUCAGGGGAAAAUACCAGGCAACAUUACGAAUUCAGUGUUGCAGCAACCUUCCUGCAAUAUCCCGGUAAAUUUGAUAUCAGAGUGGCGUCAAGGAGUAAUUAUGCAUGAUUUAAACAAAGAGCAGUUGAGUAAAGGCCUGAAAAGGUCCUCAUGCAUCCACGAAAGUGUAAAACACUCCCGAGCUCAGCUCCCUGAGGUCAAAAAUGGAACGGGAAUCACGUCGUUGGACGCUCAUAGACUAGGCUGCACGACUCCACGAAGUCUAGAGAAUUUCAUGUCUAGAAUUUCAGAAUUAUCGCCACCUCCGUUUUGCCUCAAGACACCUUUAACCAAGGAGAAUAUUGGCAAGUUGAACAAUAUUACGAGGGGAAGAGGGAAUGCCUGUGAGGAUGACGUUCGAGAUAAAGAUGUGGGUGAUAAAAAAGAAAUCAGAAGACACGGAAAAAUUUGUCGGAAAGGAACUCCAUACCCCCAUCCUCCGUGCGUAACUGUGGAGCAGGCUGUCAAUGGAGGUGACGUGGCGUCAGUAAUUGCCAGUGACAAAACCCGCGUAAGUGACAAUAGUUCGUCCGUUGACGAUCCCGAUUGCCUUGAAACUGCCACAGUGAUUUCGAGUUCAGAUCGCAUGUCAGCCUCAUCUCUGUCAACAACUAAAACCAUGCAACCCAUCAGCCGCUCUUUGGAAGAUUUGCCCAAAUCUAGUUUCUUCUCGAUUAAUCUAGACAAAAAAGAAUGGCCACUGCAUCGUAGGAACAAUGUUCCAACACUUGAAGAUUUAUAUCACCAUCAUAUGUACGAAGCUAUAUUAUACGGCGAGGGCCAAGUACCUCCAUGUGACGUACCACGUAUUCCUUCACCUCCGCCGUUACCAACCCGACCGCCUAACUUAAUGCCUCCCAAUCAUGUUAUAUCGGUUCCACAACAUAUGAGACGUUUAGCUUCGACGGAACAAAUGCUGAAAAGGCUAGAUUUUGGAAAAUCGUUGCAUUUAUCUACAAAAAAUGCUGUGAAAUCUUCAAACACUGAACAACUAAAGAAUGUACAGCAUCAAACAUUUAGUAUUGAAUGUGCUGAUCCAAAUUGUAAAGAAAUUUGCACUUACUGUGACUGCAAUAUCCAGCAAAUGAGUUUUCAAGCAAUGCAUCUUGAGAGAAUAUCACAAUCGAAAGUAUCUACAGGCGUAGGAGCGAAAAUUUUGAAUCAGAAUCGGCAAACGAAACUACAAAAAUUUGGCGCUGCCAUCCGCAAGAGCCUUUCGAGCGAUCGUUCAUUGGAGUCGAUGAAAAGUUCAAGCGAUUCCAUAAAAGACGGCGAAAGAGUUUUCGUGUCUAACAUGGGAAUAAGAAAAGAAUUUCGUGACCUCACAAUAGGUCAAGUGAAAAGUGGCAAACUAGAUUGUGGUUGUGAUAUUGAUGCGUGCUGUAGUCAAAAACCACCCACGGAGUGUUGCCUCUCAAACGAAAUUUGUUUAGAAUGCACAGACUGGAAAUGUCUUCGUGGGCAAGAAGAACCGAAUCGCGAUCAGCUGCAUUCAAAUGCCGUAAAUGAAUGCGAUGGACACGACACGAAUGCAAGAAAUAAUAUUAAUAGCAAUGGUAUCGACACUGCUGACAUUCCAAUUAAGGCCAAAGUAACUUUAGGAAUAAUCGAUCCCCAAACAGUUCAAAAGAAAACAGCGACAAAGAAAGACUCUAAGGAUUUAGAAACGAUCACCGAAAUAAAACUUUGUUCGUCGUUGUCUUCAGUGGAAAGUUUCACUCUCCCAAUGUCAGCUGCUCCUCCAGAUGUGAAAAGAGAUUCCGACGCUGAAACGAAAAUCACUGAACGGUCUGACGGUGCACGCAAGUUGCUUGCAGCAGAGGCGUUCACAGACAGAUCACCUAACGCGGUUCAAGAGUUGAGAGAUUCAAGUUCUCCCCCUCCUCCGCCGCCACCCCACGCAGCCAUAUUUCUUCACGAUGUCAGCUUAGACGACAAGGAACUUUUGACCUGCGAAAACAAAAUUGAUAAGGAACGAACUCAUAAACCUCAACCUCCUCCAAGAACUACGUCUGCCUUCCAAUUGUCAGAAAAUACAAAUUUGAAAAUAUCCAGUGCAAAAGACCAAGAGAAGUUUCCAGAUGCCCGCAAUAACGAAGUCAACAACCGGAAGGAUACGGUACAGAGACCAAGUUCAUCGUUGUGGGAGCGACUAAAUCCUCUAAAGACAAAACCUCGUAAGGAUUUACAGCGGCCAUUACCUCCAUUACCUUCGCGAGCACCGCGAUCAUUUUCCAUGGAGCGAAAUGUAUCGCACCAAAAAUCCAACCUCCCACUUCAAACAAAAACAAAUUUCAACGGGAAUAAAAAUAUUAUAGCAUUUCACAACCAUUUAAAAGUAACCCAAUUCAACAAUAAUAAUAUGACAGCGAAUUCACCUUCCGAUAUUCUCGUCUCCAGUGGAGGUGUGGAAAACAGAAAUGAGUGCUCGGUGUUGAGAACCUGCAGAGAAAUCAACAAUCACUUGCCCGGAAAUGUUUUGCAGCCGCAGGAAUCAGGACCUCAACUAAUGCUUGAACAGAAUCCUUGUUGCUGUUCUUGUUUAUCUCAUUCUUGUUGCUGUGAAGAAUUAUGCGCCAAACAGAAAUUUCCAGUUAAAAAUUUAGCCGCCGAACAACUACCCGAGUUAGCUGCAAUCGCCCAUGAUAAUGAUGCUUCAUCCUCCGAGUUCCAAGAAGAAAGCUCUGAACUGAGGAAAGAAGAACCAACCGUUUUCACCUCGACUAAACAACAAAUGCGUCCUAUCCCAUGUCCGAGAAUUUUUUCAUUAUCUGCUGCAAAAUUGAGUCAACCAUCGGUCCCAGCUCCAACUGAAACGAAUAAAACAUCUGGAACAUCAGGAGAGCCAAAAUCCGGAGCACUAAUUCAACCUGUGGACGACGAGUAUGGUUUCAACGUAGCUUCUUAUCUCAUCUAAAACAGCAUUAGGGUUGUUCUCGAGCAUGAGGGUUAACGCGUUAUCCUGGCUCAAAACAUAAGAAGACAUUAUUUAAUUCGGAGAACCAUUCUAGAAUUUACGAUUUUUCCAAAAUGUGAGUUAUAAUGUGAGAGGAAUGCUCAGUGCCGAGUCUCUCUAAUUUGUAGACGUUUUACACUCAAAAUGCUGUGAAUAGAUUCAUAGUGCAAUUUUGAUUCAUGGUAUCCUGUUCUAAAUGAGUCCAAAAUCCAUGUUAAUUACGUAUCCGGUUUACCACGUUGCCGUGAUUUUCAAAAGCUAAAUCAUGAAGUACAGUAGGAUCGGGUAAUUUAAUUGCUAAUACAAGUACUUCCACUCAUUUCCAACUAAGUUUUCGGGAAGAUUAGGCAAUAAUGUACAUAUCGUCUUCGCUGAUUAAGAUAUAGAGCUUCGUUACAUUGUGUGUUCAAAUUUCGUAGAUAGAGGUUGGAAAUUCAUUCUGAUCAAAGGCGAAACUGAAACAAAAUGAAAAAAAAACUCCUAAUUAUCAUAUAUGAUAAAGGAUGAAACAUGAAUGCCAGUAGUGAGCAACUUUUUUGUCACACGAGACAUCAUAAAUGAGCGAUAAACUUGACGCCGUUCGAGUAGUAAAGUGAGUUAUCUGUGAACAAUCUCAUAAAUAAUCGUGUUCCGGCGCAAUCAAAUGAUAAAAAUUUAGCCUUUUGUGGUUCCUGGCCUGUAGCACUGACGAGCGCUACUUCUACCUGUGUUUACUCAUUUGGGAUCUUUACUGAUUCUUUAUUUAGCGCAGCAAAAAAUUCUCCGCUUACAGUGUAAUUAACACAAAUUUAGACGUAAAUCCUCAUGCAUCGUUUGUUACGUGAUAGCUGAAUCCAAAUCUAUGUGAAGCAUAUCGUACGAUAAAUUCCUCCCUAAAAAAACUGUCGCCUUAAGAUUAACGGAGUAAAACACCAGGCAGAAAACGUUAACGUACUGUUUAACUCCUACCGAAUGUGAUGAUAACCUUGAAUGUUUCUAAAUUAUUCCUUAAUUAAAGUUCAAUGUUGUAAUUUAAGUGCACUUAUAAAGUUCUUCCUACACUGUUACCAUAAGCAGUCCUGAGUCACUUGUUGCUAGUUAGCAACGUUUAGUGCUGCGCAGGAACUGGUUUAGCGUAGUCUGUACAGCUCAGGCCCUGGAUGUAUUACGUCAUGUACAAUAUCCACUAAUAUGUGCAAUUAUGAAAUAUAAGUUGAGCAUUAAGCCC